AUGGCGCACUUUACCGACCUCCCUCUUGAGGUCCUCGCACUAAUCGGAGAUCUCCUCCUCACCGGCGCAGUCAUCAAGUCCCUCGUCCUCACCUCCCGUUGGGCUCAUCAACACUUUGGACAUCUUUUAUGGCGACACAUCAGGAUCAGACCCAAGCACCCCGACACUGACACCGACGAUACAGAAUUGGCAAACCUCCUCACGAAGCACUUCACCACGGUGCGCUCUCUUCAACUCGAGGGCGAAAUUCACGAAAAGUACUACGAUAUCACCUUCCCAAGGCUACUCACCUUUCGACACGACUAUCCAGAAGGAAACCCCCGCGACGACAAGGCAAAAGUGGCCUCGGCCAUUUUAUCCGACUUUAUUCAACGGCAUCCGACAAUUGAAGAUUUAACCAUCAGAACGACUGGACUCUUCUUGAACGACGAGUUUUGGGUCACCAUCUCGGAUACCUUACGCAAUCCUAAACGACUCAAACUUGAAGGAACAUUAGACGGAGAAGGACGUAUGCGAUCGAUCAUAGGCGAAGGCGGACCUGCUUUCUGGAGAGCAUUGAGUCUAUUUGAGGAGGUUACCUACAGUGGCAGCGAUCAGUCUGAAUCGAUCAAAUCUUUGGAUAUUGACUGUUCGCGACUCAAGCGCCUGGGUUUGACAACAAUGGACUACACAAGGAAGGGGGUGCUUCUAUGGAGCUGGAUGCAAGGAUGUCGCAACCUCACACGACUCCACUGGAAUAAGCCGAUUCCGAUUCGGGAUGGCGCCACCAUGACAGUACUACCGGCAUGGCCACUUUUGGAAGAUUUUCAAGUUUACAGUGGUAGCGGAUCAGAGGAAGAGUUUGCGGAUGUUAUUCUUCGCCACCUUCCGCCACUGAAGCACCUGAGACUUCCGCAAGGGCCGUUUGGAUGGACUUGUUUUGGUCGCCUUCGAGAUCGCCACUUUGAAACCCUUAGGACGCUGUCCCUGGUAGGACUUUGCUCGAUGACAAGUCGGAUGGCAUUGGACGUCCUGUUGAACUGCGCUACCCUGGAGGUGCUGGAGGUUGCCUAUAUUGCGAUCGAGGACCUUCGGGAGACCCCUCAGCCCUGGGCCUGUCGUGGACUGAGACGCUUUCAUGCAACAGUGGAGAGUAGUCACAGGGGAAGGCACACAAUUUUUUUCGAACAACUGUCGAGACUGCAGCUUCUGGAAGAAGUCGAUCUGAACGGAGACAUGAUGGUUCAUUAUGUUAACCUAAAGGGACGCUCUUCCCCUCGAUGGAGACUAGACUCAGGACUUGGUAUACUGUCGACGGUGACGAGACUCAAGACGCUCGACCUUCAUGGCUGUACUCAGGAUCUGAGGCAGGAGGAUGUCCAAUGGAUGUUGAAUCAGUGGCCGUUGCUUGAGAGGCUGUCUGGCGGGUUGUCUUACAGAGAGAGAAGAGAUGGGCGUUUCAAGGCUUUGAUCAAACAACGAGGUAUAGCAGUGAAGUAUCCUUUUGAAUAG